AUGGGCAUAGAGAGCAGACCUCAGGCCAUUGUGAGGGGUGAUGAGCAGAGUAUAGAGGACAUUCCUACAGAUAACCAUCCAGAUGACUGCAGCAGGAGCUCAGAGGAACAUCUGAUAACAUCAGAUUUUCAAGUAGAUUAUCAUGGUCUUAAGCAAGAUACAUAUGAAGAGCAUGCCAUUAUCCCAGAUGUACCCUUCACCAGUCAUAGCGAAGAUCCGUCAUCUGAUCCUUUGGAUUGGUUCCAAACUUCUGAUUCAUCACAGACUAUAACCCAAAAUAAAAGACACAUUAGUGGUGCUCAACAUCAAAGAACUCACACAGGGAAGAAGGCUUUUUCAUACACACAAUGUGGGAAAUAUUAUAGCAUUAAAUCAGCUCUUGUUACACAUCAGGGAAUUCACACAGGGGAGAAGCCAUUUUCAUGUUCUGAAUGUGGAAAACGUUUUAACCAUAAAUCAAAUCUUUUUAAACAUGAGAAACUUCACACAGGGGAGAGGCCAUUUUCCUGUUCAGAAUGUGGAAAAUGUUUUAAUCAGAAAUCACAUCUUGUUAAACAUGAGAAAUUCCACACAGAGGAGAAGCCAUUUUCCUGUUCAGAAUGUGGAAAAUGUUUUAACCACAAAUAUGAUGUUGUUAAACAUGAGAGAAUUCACACAGGGGAGAAGCCAUUUUCCUGUUCAAAAUGUGAAAAACGUUUUAACCAGAAAUCGGAUCUUGUUAAACAUGAGAGAAUUCACACAGGGGAGAAGCCAUUUUCCUGUUCAGAAUGUGGAAAAUGUUUCAAACAAAAAUCAGAUCUUAUUGUACAUGAGAGAAUUCACACAGGGGAGAAGCCGUAUUCAUGUUCAGAAUGUGGAAAAUGUUUUUCAGAUAAUUCACAAUUCGUUAAACAUCAAAAAAUUCACACAGGAGAGAAGCCAUUUUCAUGUCCAGAAUGUAGAAAAUGUUUUACAGAUAAAUCACAUCUUGUAACACAUCAGAGAAUUCACACAGGGGAGAAGCCAUUUUCAUGUUCUGAAUGUGGAAAACAUUUUAGUGAUAAAGCAGUUCUUGUUAAACAUCAGAGAAUUCACACAGGGGAAAAGCCAUUUUCAUGUUCCGAAUGUGGAAAAUGUUUUAACCAGAAAUCAAAUCUUGCCAAACAUCAGAGAAUUCACACAGGGGAGAGAUGA